CGAGUUGGAUUUCCUAGUAAUAAGUUUGGGGUGAAACUUAUUAUUUAUGGAAGGUAACAAACAUUUUUUCAAUUUAUUUUAAUGAAUUAUAUCUCAUUUAUUGUAAGUACGGUUGUCAACUCGCAAGUCGAUCCGUCGGUUGACCCAUUUUGAUCUCGACCCAAUAAAAGAAGGAUCACACACUCGUGGGUUGACCUAUUACAAGGUUACCGAAUUGGAGGUCUCACGGUGUCGUUUUUCCCUUUGCUUUGCGAAAUGUGCCUAAUUUUCGGGUUUCUUUUUUAUAACCGAGGAACCUCAACCCCACGUGCUACUUUGUGACAACAAGGUCUACUAAACCUGGGAGCACCUAUUCAGGACACAAUAAGCGGGUGCCACUUUGUUCCACCGUGCCUAUUUUCCAGUUUUCUUUUCGCAUAACUCCAUCAUUGGGAUCUAAUAUGUUAUUAGUGACCCGGUGAAAAAAAUGGGUCACACACACUCGCGUGUUGACGCACUGCAGCAUUACCGGGUUGGAGGUCUCACAGCGUCGUUUUUCCUUUUGGUUUGCGAAAUGUGUCUCAUUUCCGGAUUUUUUUCGCCUAACUCUAUCCUUGGAUUCUAAUAUGAGAUAUGAUGUAAUUUAUAAAUGUAUGAACAAUAUAAUGAUUUUUUCAUAUAUUCGAGCUAAGCCAGGCUAAAAUGGUCAGACCAUUAAUCCCCAACUUCACUUGCGCGACCGGCCCAACGAGCUAAACCGGGUUGACAAUCUUGAUUUUUAAGUCAUAAUUUUUUUUCCACAAAUAAAUCACAUUACUUGUGGAACAAAUUAUGGAACCAAAAAUUGAGACAUUUAUUAUCAGUCCCCACAUACUAUGUGGUAAUGUUUUGUAGCAUACAAAAUUAUAUCACAUUGUAUGAAAGUCUAUCACGGUGUGAAGAUAUCAGAAUUUAGAAUGGUUGCAUACAUGAUAGAAGAAAUAUACUAGCAGUCAUUUACCAUCUUUCAUCAAUGUAUAUCACCGGUUACCACCCCCAUACCUGUAGGGUGGUCUGUGACAACAUGUUUGAUUCUGAAAUUUUUCAAAAGAAAAAAAUGUUCGUAUUGAUGAUCAGAACUAAUAUUGACACAAUGCUAACAAAUUGGGUGCUAUCCGUGUAAGGAAGUGGUCAUAAGUACCAUAUAUGGGUCUGUAUAAGAUCCAACAUAACCUUCUACCAACAAUUCGAGCUAUUGGGAUCGACUGGUUCUUCUUGACAAUUCGAGUUUAGAUUUUCCAGUAAUGAGGUUGGGGGGAAAACAAUUUUGUCAUCUCCAUGGAGCCUAAACCAUGUAAAUUUCAUUAAAAAAAAGAUUGGAGGAAGAAUCUAAAAUUGGAAAAGAUUGGUUGUUUUCUAGUUUUUAGCUCUGGAUUUUGUUAUAGUGUUAUUGUUUAAUUGGUAGGAGGAGAGGUUGGGGAUUAUAUCUCCUGGCAACGCGCAUGUUCUUAGGGAAGAUUGGACCACUCCACUCUCCCACUCUCUAUUACACUUGACUCCCCUGCUUUCUAUAUAAACCAACUCCCCUGCCCUUCCCCUGCAACACCACACGCCCACAGAAAACCACCACUCUCCUUAAUUACAGAGCAAUUCCUCAACGCAAACAAAGAACACACAAUCAGUGUCAUCAUCAGCAAACAAAGAAAGAAACAGACAAGGAUGAGGAGCGGCAGCCGGAGCAGCAGCAGAGCAUCGUCAGCUACCGAGAUGCCGGCGGCGGCGUGCAGAAGAUCAACAUCUUCUUCUUCAUCAUCAUCGACAGCGACAAAGAGGCCGAAGGUGAUGAUGUCGUGCAGAAAGCUGGGGAAGUACCUGAAGCAGCAGCAGGGGCGCCUCUACAUUAUCAGGCGAUGCGUCGUCAUGCUCAUCUGCUGGCGGGAUUGACUGACUCAACUUCCCCUGUUUUUUUCUGAUAACACGAGACGACGAGAUUGAGAUCGCAGUGUAGAGUGUAAAUAACAUUCUGAGAGGCAGAGUACUACUACUAGCUAUGGAUUAACUAAGCCACAACUUGUUUCUUCCUCAAUUGUUGGUCUAAAUUCUAUCGGUAUGUAGAAGCAAUCAUCAUAAUAAUAAGCUUGCAAUAGUCUAUCACUAUUCACUGGGCAUAUGCUCUAGAGUUAUAAGUUGAUUGUGGGUUCAAACAUUGAUUGUGGACUACAAUAUAUAUGAAUGAAUAUGAGCAUCAAUCAAUAUCAAUAGUGGGAGAUUGGAUUUUGGUCCUUUGCACACACAAAAAAAAAAAAAAACAUUCUACAAAUGUUAUCACUCAAUUUUGGUUGGAUCCUGGUCUGUAACAUUUUUCUUUUCAUAUUAGAUUAAAUACUGGUCGACCGUAAUAUAAUUUAUCUCACAUU